AUGCCGGGCGGGCCGCCCCACGACGAGGACGACGCCCUGCGGCCCUGGGACGCCGAGGAGGAGGAGCGCGAGCGGCGGGAGGGGCGGGAGCGGGCGGAGGCGCUCAAGAGGGCCCACGACUCGCUCUGGGAGCAGGGCGAGGUGCAGCGAGCGCUGCAGGAGAAGCUGAGCAGGCUCCGAGACGGCGAGGCGGCGGGGGGCGUGGCCUGCCGCCGCGUCGAGGCGGAGCCCGCGCCAACGCCGCAGGGCCCGCUCGGCCCUCUGUGCGACCUCUUCGGCCUGUCCUCCUGCUCCCUCGGGGGCCUCCUCAAGUGGCUGCUGGGGGCCGUCCUCGUCUGGGCGCUGGUCGUGGCCGCCCUCGUCCUCGGGGCGGGCAGGAGGCGCGGCCUCGUCGGGGCCGAGCUCUGA